AUGGCUAACCCUAGUGUCCUCGCUUUUGACGCUCAGGGUCGUGCCAUUGACUUAGACGUAUGGGUAGAUGACCUGCAGCUUUUCCUACAGUACGGUAGGGCAGACGGUCUCUCCCUCUUUGACCUCACCUCUGGUGCCUCUCCUGCCCCUACUGCGGAUGCCGACGCCACUGUUUGCUCACAGUGGGCCACACGCGAUGCUGCUGCACGUCUUGCUGUGCGUCGCCACCUGCCUACCUCUGAGCGUGCGCACUUUAGUCAGUACAAGAAUGCUCACACCUUGGACCACUUCCUCUCAGUUUGCCCCACCACUCUCACCAUUGACCUCCUCAAUAAGGCCCUCCUAGCAGCAGAGAAGAGCAUAGUCGCUGUAGGAGCCUCUCGUGGUGACCCUCGCACCCCCAUCUUUGAGGGGUGUUCCCCCUCCCCCCUUUUGCCCUCUGUUGCCUCUGCUGCUGCGGCCGACCUCGUUGGGCUUGAGUCGGUCGGUGCGGCGUCUACCCCUAGCGGGAGACGCCGCCCUGGCAAGGGCAAGGGGGGCAGGGGCGCUGGAGGAGCUAGCGGGGGCGGUGGAGGAGGCAGUGGAGGCGGUGGAGGGGGUGGGGGUGGCGGUGGGGGUGGUGGCGGGGGUGGAGGUGUCGGUGGCGGCAGUGGAGGCGAAGGCGGCGGCGGCGGUGGCGGUGGGAGCGGAGGUGGCGGAGGUGGCGGCGGUGAAGGAGGCGGUGGAGGUGGAGCUGGUUGGGGUGGCGCUGCGCAAAGGGUUGGCUCCGGUGGUGGUCAGCGCCAGCAGCAGUAG